UGUAUCUCAAAUUAACAAACAGUUGUAAACAAAACCAAUCAGAAAUCACGUUAAAAACCAAAUAGUAGACUACGAUCCAAAAUCCAGUUUCUAAAGACAAUACAUCUUAUCUUUCGUACAUACCAGUAUACAUAGUGACGCAAUUGUAGUGCCACAUAACCCAAGAAGAAAAGAAAAAUGGGUCGCUGGGGACGCCAAAGCCCGUUGCCAUCGGAAACUCAGCUGCCGCCGAUUCCUCCGCCCCUUCCGCCGCGAACCCUCUUUCGACAAUCGAGUUUUACAAAAAUUGGCAAUAUGUUAAACACGGCCAUUAAUAUAAAUGCCCCGAAGAAGCAGCAAAAUUCAACGAUUUGGCCAACUCUUCCGUCAUGAAAUUGAACUUGGGAACCAGAAUCGAGUAAGGCCCUGGCUAGUUGGAAAUAUCCUGAUUGAUCCAUAACUUGAACAACUGCCGUAGCAAAUAUGACCU